AUGGCUGCGCGUGUGACCAAGCUUUUCUUGCAAAAUGUCGCCGCUGACAAGGUGGAUACCAGCAAGUCUACAACUACGCAUGGGAAGAGAACCGUAUCCAGUGCUUCAUUAUCCAAGAAUGCUACAGGAAAGAGACGAAAGAAGAGCAAAACAGUUUCAGGCAAACCCACAGUAAAAGUGCUCGAAGACGCACGUCGCGAGCUGAAACAAGCUAAUCGAACGCUGGAAAAUCUGCGCAAGUUGAAAAAUAAAACUUCGACAAAGUCUCAACGUCUUAUGGCCAAGGUUCUUGCACUACGGACUGUUGCAUCUCGCAAAGCGAAUCGGACGUCUCAGCCUAAUCUAGCCCACAACUUAAAAAUCAAACCAUAUUGA